AAUUUCAAAAUAAAAUCAAACAAAAUUCAUAUAAAUCCAGAUAGUUAUUUAAUACAGUGUGAUGCAUAGAUUACGCCUAAGCAGCAACAUGAUGAAAACGGAAAACCCCAUUACUUGUACUUCCAUCCAAAUAAGUGAACAGGAAAAGAAAAGAAAAGAAAUCUGGUCGAUAGACUACAGGUAAGGAAGAGGCGGAGAAAUAAAGGAUUUGGGACAACCGUGACCACCAAACAUAUUUUCCUUUGUUUUGGUUGUGGCACAAAGUUAGACAGUAGAGACAAUUCAAAACACAGACAUUAAAACAUAAAAAUGAGUAGCUUGGAAAUUUCUGUCUGUAAUUCAGACCUCUAUUUCCAUAGCAACAGCAGCAGAACAAGCAUAAGAAGAAGAAGAGCAAGAAACUACCUCAAAUUUUCACAGCCCUCUUUUCUCAACUCUCUUUUUGUACCCAAUUUCUCAACCUCCUCAAUUUCAACUAAACCCAAAAUUGUAGUUAGCUCUUUUUCUGCUGAUCAUCCCACAUACACCCUUGAACAUCAACCACCUGUCCAUUCUUGCCAGUGGAAAUGGAGGGGAUAUUCGAUUCGGUAUCAACGCUGUGGAGAUACCGGCCCUGCACUUGUUCUCGUCCAUGGCUUCGGAGCUAACAGUGAUCAUUGGAGGAAAAACCUACCAGUUUUGGGAAUGUCACACAGGGUUUACUCCAUUGACCUCAUUGGUUAUGGUUACUCUGAUAAGCCCAACCCUCGCGACUUUGGCCCCACUUCUUUUUAUACCUUUGAGACGUGGGCGUCCCAGCUUAAUGACUUUUGUGUUGAGGUUGUCAAAGAUGGGGCAUUCUUUAUAUGCAACUCCAUUGGAGGUCUUGUUGGGCUUCAGGCUGCAGUUAUGGAGCCACAGAUAUGCAAAGGUCUUAUGCUACUAAACAUAUCUCUUCGUAUGCUUCAUAUCAAAAAGCAGCCUCCACUAGCCAGACCUCUAAUCAAAGGCUUUCAGAGUUUACUGCGAAAUACCGAUCUAGGUAAAGUUUUUUUCAGAACAGUAGCCACACCUCAAUCUGUCAGGAACAUUCUGUGCCAGUGUUACAAUGACACCUCCCAGGUGACAGAGGAACUAGUUGAGAAAAUCCUUCUUCCUGGGUUGGAGCCAGGUGCUGUUGAUGUUUUUCUGGAGUUUAUCUGUUAUUCGGAUGGUCCUCUUCCUGAGGAGCUAUUGCCUCUAGUUAAGUGCCCGGUACUAAUUGUUUGGGGUGACAAAGAUCCAUGGGAACCCAUUGAGCUCGGAAGAGCUUAUGGAAACUUUGAUACUGUUGAAGAUUUCAUUGCCUUGCCUGGUGUAGGCCACUGCCCUCAGGAUGAAGCACCCCAUUUGGUGAACCCAUUGGUGGAGUCAUUUGUAGAGCGUCACUCUGCAACCAGAACUGGUGCUCCUUCGGAAUCAUCAGUGUGAGAGAAUGUUUGUGAGCUGUUGUUUGCCCUUUUCUUGGCUGAAGAUGGUUCAUUUGCUAGUGAUGUUGACUGCUGCUGAUCUGAUGUUUGGAUAGAGAGGUGGAUAAGCAGGAAGUCUGAGACUUAAUGUUGCUUGGUGUGAUUUAUCAUAAUAUUGUCCUACCUGUAUUCCAGAUAGCUUGAACCCCAAUAGAGUGUUCAGAACAUGCAAAAACGAGACAUUCAGGCAGUUCUUCACACUGGAUUUGAACAAAGGAAGUGAUAUACUUUUGUACUCCAUCAUUACAUUGUAUGAAUCUCAAAUUGAUGUUUAUAAUAUCCAAUAUACAGCAUUUUGUACUCCAUCAAUACAUUGUAUGAAUCUCAAAUGAAAAAAUGUUAAUUGCAAAGCAUGGAACCAGCCUUUUUGUGUAAAAAUGUCUGCAUGUGCUCGUGCUCGUAAACCACCAUUGCAACAAGGAGAGAGAAAAAAAAAGCUUCAGAAUUCAGGAUUCGAGUUAAAAGAUACAGAGAAUAACAAUGGAACACAACUCCUUGAUCAGGAUUAUGUAAGCCUUAAAGUUGGAAACUAUCAAAAAUAAAACAAUAUUCAAUCACUCAAUGAUCACCUAAUAUUCAAAUCUGUAGAGAUAUUUCAAAAUCAAAGAUAUAAUUCAUGAAAGGUGGUG